AUGGCCUACUUCUUGCCAUCGUUCUUCCAGAAGCGGCUGCUCAAAUAUGCCCUCUCUCGCCUGGGGCUCGUGGAAACAGAGGCACUGGACCCUGAUAAUCUGGGCAUUGGCUGGGGCCAGCGGAGCACCGUGGAGCUGCGAGAUAUCGGCCUGAAGCUGGAGAAACUCGCUACUCUCCUCAACCUCCCUGCGUCGUGUGAGUUGCUCGGUGCCCGAGUCCAGUUUCUUCGAAUCACCGUCCCGGCCGAUAUCUACAGCAGUGGAAUAAUUUGUGAAGCAAGUGGGAUCGAUGUACAUCUUCGAUUAUUAUCGGGGGAACCAGGUCGGGAUGGUCAUGUAAAGACGAAAAACACAGGGCCCAGUUCCUCGGCCGUACAUGAUCCAGACACAGCCUCAGUCCUGCCCACCCCGUCUGGCCUCGCCGAAUCGUUCCUUGAGACAGAGCCGAAGGAGGAAAAGGAGGAGUUACAAGCUGCGAUUGCGUCGCAAUCCCAGGUUCUACCGCGACAAUCAUCGUCAUUCAGCGCCGAUGAAGAGGAGGAACUCGGUCUUGGAAGUGAGACUCUGUCUCUGCCGAGCUUUGUUGCUGGGUUCUUGAAGGGUAUCGCGGAUCGGUUACAGCUCAAAAUCAAGGACGUGGCAGUGCGCCUGGAUAUGGAGUUGAAGCAAGAUGCUCCGCUUAAACGACAACCCGAGGACAAGCCGGAUCUAGUUUCGGGUCUAUUGAGUAUUCGGGAGAUCGACGUCUAUGGGGUAUCGGAGUUCACUGCUGGCUCUGAGGAUGCUAUGCCUUUGCGAAAAGGAAAGCGUCUGGUGUCGCUUGUUGGAAUUAGUGUUGGCCUCGUGUCGGACCCCGUGGUGUUUUCAAACUAUUCGCGGUUCAUUGUGCCUGCGUCUCCGACCACCACGAUGCACUCUAGAGGGAGCCAGCCAUCGAGCAGGGUACCUUCGCCCCCUCCGUUGGACUCCCCCGGCUCAGAAUCUGCCCUUGCAAUGACUCAAUCAACCAUUUUCGAGCCGCCUCGGGAAGGUUAUCGUGAAAAUGAUCGCGAAAACGACAGCCACGACAUGGGAGCAUCGACCUUCUCUCAUGACGGUCGGUUCUCGGAUGUCCACUCGGAGACUGAAGAUCCAAAUGAUCGAUAUCUCGCAGACUCCCAGAUCUUCGGGGCUGACGACCCUUUUCGAGACAACCCAGAUUAUUUAGACUCUGUGAUGAAUACUCGGCUUGACAACUUAGAUGUUGAGCGGUCUACGACCCCUCGCCCUGAGGAGGAGCAAAUAACGGGGAGUGGAUGGAUGUCUCAACCAGGUUCAUCACCACAUGCUUCAGGAAACUUGGCACCAAGCCAUGAUAUCGAGCACACUGAAGAGGCAUCAAUACCAUCGAGCAGUCUCCAUGGGUCCCGAGCUUUUGACUCCCAGCUGAGUAGCGGCGCUGGUCCGUCACUCGAUGAUGCAGCUGCACCCUCUACAAACUAUCCCCAGGGUCACGGGGACUACGAAAGGUCUCAAAUGGACCCAUCACAUCACUCACCUACGCCGUCAUCACCCUCCGAGUCCAGCAGCGUAGGCUCCCACGGGGACCUCACUGAAUCCAAGUACUUUUCUCAUGAUGAAGCACAAAGCCUUUACAUGAGUGCCAUCAGCCAAGAGACUGGGAGUUUCAUGCCCAAUAUGCCCGGAGCAUGGGAUUCGUUCAAUGCCAACGAACAUGCAGGGGGUGUUUCUGAGGAUCAAACCUUAGAUACCCCUACUGGUGCGUCGCAUUUCGCCCAGCGGGCCCAGAGCGAGGCUACUGCUUCGACUCCCAAACUCGCUGUCACAUCAGAUUCAUAUUUCGCGGACCAGCAGACCUUGGGCGAUGACCAAGCCCAGUCUCAAUCUGAACUCACUGACAGAGCAUCGAAAGCACUGUCGCCCUCUCUUGAAAAGGCCAGCGAAAGUCGAAACCCCAUUUUCAGCAUUGACAAAGUACUGGUUUGGCUACCGUCAAACCCCGAGGCAGAGGUUCAAGGCGAAUCGUCUCCUUCAAUGUCUAGACAAAGGGCCGACAGUGACCCGCAAGACUUUCCGGCCGAUCUACAAGAGUCUACGAUCGAGGAAAGCAUCCUUGCUUCCAAAACUUACGCUUCCACCAGAUUUCGUAGAGGCUCUACCGAGUCCCGUGGGUCUUCUGAAGCCGGGUCCCGGCCAUCAGGUCACCCAGAGAAGCCGCGUCAUUCAAAUAAUGGCGCUGAGUCGCAUGAGACGGCGGUGGAAGUGUUUUCAGCGGCUUUGCACUUUGAUAUCGCAACUGGCUGGCUUUUGGUCAAGAUUGGACAAAAGAUAAUGCAUGCUCUCGGGGAGGUUGGAGAUCCGUCCCCAAAGCAACCUGUGCCAGAACACCUGGACCACCACGCAGCUCUCGGUCUUGUUGUUCACGACGUUUCGAUCAAGUUUAUCGAACAUGUUGUAGAGCAUUCUCAUUCGUCCGAGCGCGCUGGUCUACCUCUGCCGCCGUCCUUUCCUUCGACGGAAGACAUAAUCCUACAAAUUAAGGCGUCUGGUUUGAAAUCGCAGUUGUUGGUAAAAGGCGCUACGACCAAGUUGAACCUUCAAGUUUCGAAGUUUACAUUCGGCUUUGCAGAAGAUAAUUUGAUCUCGUUCAACGAGACAUUGAAGAUGCGCGAAUCUACACGUGAUAUCAUGACUCCUACGCAAGGAGACAUUUCCCUCUCGCUGGUGAAGUCGACCGACUCAGCAAGGAUCAGCAUCUCCACGCUUCCUCUGCAUCUCAAUCUGAAUAUACAGCGUUUAGAAGAAGUCAUUGGGUGGAUGGGUGGUCUCAGCACCAUUCUAGAGCUCGGGAGCUCUAUAUCGUCUGUAUCGACGGUCAAGGGCGGCCAGGCUCAUCCCAAGAAGCGGCCCCGUGGUGUGCACUUUGAGACCCCAGCUGCGGCGCCCAAAAAGGCCAGAAAUGCGUCCACCCCAUGGAAGGUGAAUGCCCGGGUGGGCGGUAUAGUGCUGGAUGUCAUCGGGGAAACCCAUUGUCUCAAGCUGAAUACGUCUGCCGUCAAACUCGUCAGCAGAUUUGAGGGCAUUGGUGUUCAAAUCGACAAGUCAAAGCUGAGUGGACCGCUCCCGCUGGAUGAGUCCUCUGAUGCCCCUGCCAAGGUGGCAUUGAGCAAUAUCAGGGUUGAAUUCCUCUUCUCUCCCAAGGAAGUCGAUCUUGAUCGUCUCUUAACCCUAAUAACCCCGUCCAAGGACAAGUAUGACGAGGACGACGAUAUCAUGCUGGACACUCUAUUGCGGCAGCGGAGGCAGGGCUCUGUGCUUCGGGUUACAGUCGCAGGGAUGAAAAGCGUCAUUGCAAAUACUGCCGGCUUGGCUCCUCUUUCAACUCUCGGCAGUGAAUUGGGACGGCUAUCCAAUGUCACGAAGUAUUUGCCGGAGGAUGACCGCCCGGGGAUUCUCACUUUGACGUUAAUCCGCGAGUUUGAGAGCCAGAUCCACGUGGGUGGCGAUGUCGGGGACAUCAACACGCGUCUCGCUAAUGCCGAAUUUGCCUAUAUUAGCAUGCCAUCAUUGGUUGCUGCUCAGAUUGGCACCGUGACUGUCAAUCGGAACGACGAUGAAGAGUUGGUGGGCGAGGCACUGCUGUCAGACAAGCAUCAAACCCCCAUUCAGCCUCGUCCGCCGGUUCUCAUGGCUCGUUUCAUCCCCGAUGAAAUGGAUCCAACUUUCAAAGUCAAACUCCACCAUCUUCGCGUUGAGUAUACGUUGCCAUCGGUCACGGCUUUUCUUGGAUUGAGCGGCGACCGAACUGGCGGGGAUUUGGCCAGUGACAUGGCCAAUUCCAUUGCCAAUCUUGCAGAGCAAUCUUCCCACACAACAGAUGAAUUGCCGCGGUCGCCUUCCAAGCCAGAUGUGUCCAGGGACUCGACCAAGCCAACAAAGCUGGCUGUAGUAUUUAGGGACUGUGUCCUGGGUCUCAACCCUCGCAAUUGCCCUGCGAAAGGCCUUGCGGUGCUCUCAAAUGCAAAGUUUGGCGGUACUAUGCAUAGUCAGGAUGCGUCAGAAGCCACAUUGGACAUCCGCAAAGCGUCUUUUAUGAUCAUCGAUGAUAUUGAUAAUGUGGACCAUGCCGAUAAUCUACAUCAGCGGGGCUCAGCCGUUCCCCAGAGCAAUCAGAUGCAGGCAUAUAUCGACUCGGGCUACGUUCCUGUAUCUACCAUUUCAUCUGCGAUGGCUGUUGUCAAGUUGAUGUCUCUCGACGCCGGUGCCACAAAGUCGUUGGAUGUCGAGUUGAGAGACGAUUUGCUGAUUCUCGAGACAUGUGCGGAUUCAACGCAGACCCUUAUCAGCAUCAUGAAUGGACUCCAGCCUCCGACUCCACCCAACGCCAAUGUCAAGUAUCGGACUGAAGUGAUGCCCAUUCAAGACAUGUUGGCCUCUUUCUCUGGCGAUGCCUUCACUGCAGAUCCUACUCUUGACUCCAAACCCGCAGUUGACCUGGGAGAGCCGCUUCAAGAAGAGGGUUUGAACGAAGAGCUCGAGUAUGUCAGCGAUUUCUAUCCUGCGCAGCAGGGCGCUGGUGAUGGCAUUUCUAAAGCUCUCAGAGCACCCGAUUCCAAUGACCUUCUCGACAGCUUUCAUUCCCAGUAUCAGAUUUCAUCUAGCAUUACGGAACUGGAGUUCCAAGAUGAUCAUUUCGCCAGGCAGUCCGCGGUUGGGGGAACUGCACAUCGGUGGGAUUCUACCCACAACACCUACGGUCUAUCUAAUGACACCAUGCUUCAGCGGAGUCCUCUCCGUGUGAGAGUGCGUGAUGUGCAUGUGAUCUGGAAUCUCUUUGAUGGUUACGACUGGCAACGAACACGAGAUACCAUCUCCAAAGCUGUCAAGGACGUCGAGACCAAGGCUACGGAGCGUCGUGCCCGGACCACAAGAAUGUCUCCCGGGACCGAGGAAGACGCCGAGUCCGUCAUCGGAGACUUUCUUUUUAACUCGAUCUACAUUGGCAUCCCAGCUAACAAGGACCCGCGAGAGCUUCACCGUGAGAUCAAUCGCGACAUUGACGACCUUACCAGCGAGACGGGCAGCUAUGCGACCUCGACCACCGUGACCGGGACUACCAGCCGUCAAGGCCGGCCAUCCUCCAUGAGAGAGAAAAGACUGCGGCUGCACCGGAGCAAGUACCACAAGAUGACUUUUGAGCUCAAGGGCGUCUGUGCAGACCUUGUUGUCUUCCCGCCAAACUCGGGGGAGACACAGAGCUCCUUGGAUGUACGGGUUAAUGAUCUUGAGAUCUACGACCAUGUGCCCACGUCUACAUGGAAGAAAUUCGCGACGUACAUGCAUGAGGCCGGCGAGAAAGAAAGCGGGACGAGCAUGAUCCACUUGGAAAUCCUGACCGUGCAGCCCGUGCCCGAGCUGGCUGCGUCGGAAAUCGUUUUGAAGGCUACCGUGUUGCCGUUGAGGUUGCACGUGGACCAAGAUGCCCUGGACUUCUUGAGCCGGUUCUUUGAGUUCCGUGACGAAUCCAUCGAGGAGUCCAGCUCGCCAGGAGAUGCACCAUUCCUGCAACGUGUCGAGGUUAAUGCCGUGCAAGUAAAGCUGGACUUCAAGCCCAAACGCGUCGACUACGCAGGGCUGCGGUCAGGUCGCACGACCGAGUUCAUGAACUUCUUCGUGCUGGACGGUGCUGACAUGGUGCUGCGCCAUGUGAUCAUCUACGGAGUAUCCGGAUUCGACCGGCUGGGGAUCACUCUCAACGACAUCUGGAUGCCAGACGUCAAACGCAACCAACUCCCUGGGGUACUUGCGGGAUUGGCACCGAUCCGAUCACUUGUGAAUGUGGGCGGCGGCGUGCGCGAUCUCGUGGUAGUGCCAAUGCGCGAGUACCACAAGGACGGACGGAUCGUGCGCAGUAUCCAAAAGGGUGCGCUGGCCUUUGCCAAAACCACAUCCAACGAGCUGGUAAAGCUAGGCGCCAAACUGGCCAUUGGCACGCAAACGGUUCUGCAGGGCGCCGAGGAUCUGCUCACGACCCCGUCGGCGUCGCCCGCCGUCGCUGCCGGGAUAUCCGAAGAAGCGUUGACCGACGACGAGGCCAAGGCCAUCUCGCUGUACGCGGAUCAGCCCGUGGGCGUGGUGCAGGGCCUGCGGGGCGCCUUCAGCGGGCUGGAACGGGAUCUGUUGCUGGCACGCAACGCUGUUGUCGCCGUGCCUGGCGAGGUCGUGGAAAGUGGCAGUGCCACGGCGGCAGCCCGGGCUGUGUGGAAGCGUGCACCGACGGUGAUUCUUCGGCCUGCCAUCGGCGUAUCCAAGGCCGUGGGCCAGACUCUGCUGGGCGCUGGGAAUACUUUGGACCCCAGCAAUCGCCGGAAAAUGGAAGAUAAAUAUAAACGUCACUGA